GUGCGCCGGUGUGUGUGUGUGAGUGUGUGUCUGAGUGUGUGUGUGAGUGUGUGUGUGAGUGUGUGUGUGUGUUUCUGUAAGAGCAGGAAGGUGGCGAAGGGCGGAGAGUCCGAGUGGGUGGAGGGAGGGGCCGGGCGGGAGAAGAAGAAGGUGGGAGGAGAGCCAGGUGGGAGGGUGGCGGCUCUCUCCGGACCUGGCGGGGGCAGCGCGAUGAGGCGGGUGACCCUGUUCCUUAACGGGAGCCCCAAGAACGGAAAGGUGGUUGCUGUAUACGGGACAUUAUCUGAUUUGCUGUCUGUGGCCAGCAGUAAACUGGGCAUAAAAGCCACCAGUGUGUAUAAUGGGAAAGGUGGACUCAUUGAUGAUAUUGCUUUAAUCAGGGAUGAUGAUGUUUUGUUCGUAUGUGAAGGGGAACCAUUUAUUGACCCUCAGGCAGAUUCUAAACCACCAGCAGGGUCAUCAGGAUCUCAUACAGACUGGCUAACACUGAAUGUUGGGGGCCGGUAUUUCACAACUACAAGGAGCACUUUAGUGAAUAAAGAACCUGACAGUAUGCUGGCCCACAUGUUUAAAGACAAAGGUGUCUGGGGAAAUAAGCAAGAUCAUAGAGGAGCUUUCUUAAUUGACCGAAGCCCUGAGUACUUUGAACCCAUUUUGAACUACUUGCGUCACGGACAGCUCAUUGUCAAUGAUGGCAUUAAUUUGCUGGGUGUGUUAGAAGAAGCCAGGUUUUUUGGUAUUGACUCAUUGAUUGAACACCUUGAAGUGGCAAUAAAGAAUUCUCAACCACCAGAGGAUCAUUCACCAAUAUCUCGAAAGGAAUUUGUUCGAUUUCUACUUGCCACUCCAACAAAGUCAGAAUUGCGCUGCCAGGGUUUAAACUUCAGUGGUGCUGAUCUUUCUCGUUUGGACCUUCGAUACAUUAACUUCAAAAUGGCCAAUUUAAGCCGUUGCAAUCUUGCACAUGCUAAUCUCUGCUGUGCAAAUCUUGAGCGAGCUGAUCUCUCUGGAUCAGUGCUUGACUAUGCAAAUCUCCAGGGAGUCAAGAUGGUCUGUUCUAAUGCAGAAGGGGCAUCUCUGAAACUGUGUAAUUUUGAAGAUCCUUCUGGUCUUAAAGCCAAUUUAGAAGGUGCUAAUCUGAAAGGUGUGGAUAUGGAAGGAAGUCAGAUGACAGGAAUUAACUUGAGAGUCGCUACUUUAAAAAACGCGAAACUGAAGAACUGUAAUCUCAGAGGAGCAACCCUGGCAGGAACUGAUUUAGAGAACUGUGAUCUUUCUGGGUGUGAUCUUCAGGAAGCCAACCUGAGAGGUUCCAACGUGAAGGGAGCUAUAUUUGAAGAGAUGCUGACACCACUACAUAUGUCCCAAAGUGUCAGAUGAGAAUUUUAGAACUGGAGGAAGAUGCCCCAGCUAAAAAUUAAGCUUUCCUUAUCACGUAAAUUUCUCCACCCACUCAGUUGUCUAGAAGAAGUAACACUGUAAGGGAAUAAAAACACAUUUAGAGGAUUAUACUUAUUCUCAGAAGUCUUAUAGACUUUUGGGGGGAAAAAUGACUUUUUUCCCACAUUCUGAUUUUUGCCAGAGCAGCACCCAUUUAAUAGAUGUAGGGAAGCUAGGGUAGACUGUUGCCUUUUGAGUGUGGUUGCAGGAUUUGCCUGGUUUUGUGACCAGGAAUAGUAUCUACUAUAUAUGCUUUUAAGUAGACAUGAUAUGGAAAUACCAUCUUGGUUUGAAAUGCGUUUGAGGAUUUUAAUUUAUGAAAAGCACAACGUAUGCAAUUAUAUUUAUUUAAUCACUAGAUGCAGUAUGGGUAUUUAAAGUGUUAAAUGUAAUAAAGAUUUUGGGAAAGGUUGUUCAGGUUUAAAAAAAAAUAGCUUUAGUGAUGCCUCCCUACUUUCUGUACCUGUCACACCAUGUGAAUAUGGUGAGGUCAGACUCCCCAAGGGGCUCUCUCUCCAGGUUCAUUUUUAUAACUUAUUUUUUUAGAACAGAAAGAGUAGCUAAAUUGAAGGAAAAAAAUUCUCUGUUCUUAACUAAUUGGGACAGAGUGGAAGAAAAUACAUCGGCAGAAGGUACAGUUCAACCUUCUAGAGAGAGGAGGACUUGGUCUGUAGCUACAUCUUCUAGAGUAGCAUUCCUUAGAAUCUUAUUCUAAACAAGUUCUGUUCGACAUCAGUUUUAUAAGUACUUAUACUACUAGCGUCAUUUCCUCCUAUUGCCCAAACAAGUAUAGGGAGAUACUUCAAAACCAAAAAUCCAAGGUGCAUUUUUAAUUUCCUUUCAUUCAAAUGCCAAAUCACUUAAACCAAGCCAGCUUAGAGAUUGGUACGACAUCCUAAUCCAUUGUCGUCAAAGCUAUACGAUAACGUAUAUUUAGAAGUGAACAAAAUGCAGUUACAUCUAAAAUCCGCCGAUGGAAAGUUAGGAUUUUAAAAAUCACUAAAUAUAGCCAGCAAAACAAACAAAACAACAACAACAACAAAAGCCGACUUAGUAAAAAUAAAGGCAUCUGAGUCAUCUAAGAUGUAAUACCGAUCAACCAGCACCUGUGGUUCUUUUACUUAUUCUGAUAGCGUUUUGUUUAUUCUUAGCAGAUUUUUUUUUUCUCUGUAGCAGCAGAGAUAAGGCCUGUAUUUCCUUGCCAAAAACUGGUAUCCUUAUGUCUGCCCCAAGAGCAGGGAUAGAAGCUGCGUCCAAAUGGGUUCUGAAUUCUACGGACUUACCAGUUGGAGGCAAUGUAUCAUAAAAAAAAAGAAAAACUACAUGUGUCUCCUUUGGGAGAAUGACACGUCUUCAAUAUUUACAUAGCUUAUUCUUCUAUAUAUACAUAUGCAAAGCUUUCCUUGACAGUAAAGGCUACACAUGCAUAGUGGGAGGAGAUCAGACCUUUCCAGGUGAAGGAAAGCUACUUCAGAAAUGAAUUAUUUUCUUUGCUUUAUUAUUUUUAUCAAGACAGAGAAGUAUUGUACUGAGAGAUAUCUAUUUUCAUAAUCAAUAUGUGCCUAAAUUAUAUUUAAGUCAUUUCACUCUGUACUAUAUUUUCAAUAAUUCCGGAAUGUGUUGUUCAUCCACAUAUGGGUACCUCUGUAGACAUUACCUUGAAACUGCAGACAAAGAUCUGGUAGGUCUAAACAGUAUGCUUAGAAACUGCAGAUGAAUGUAUACUGUAUUAAUAAACGAUGUGAAAUCUUGAGAA